AUGAAGACGACGCUCGUACUCCUGACGCUGUGCUUCGCUGGUCUGCUCCAGCUCGCUGUAUGCGACCCCCGCGAGCAGGAGAAGUCGAGCCGCAACGACUUUGAGGAUGUCGAGCUCAAUAUCGAGACCGUGCGCUCGAAGCGCGGGUAUACGCUGGACCUUGAGCACUCCAUCGCCAAAGAUGGUAUGAUCGGCACCUUCUCGCCCCGCGGUGAUGUCAACAUUGAUUUUGCCCCGACUAAACCAACGGCCAUUUUCCCGUCGAAACUUACGCUCAACGAGCAGCAGCGGUCCGCAUUUCAGAAACUGGUGGCUCAAGACGGGUUUUACACGGUUCGCGCCCGCUCCGAGCCAGGCAACCCGAAGUCGCCGUUUGUCGUGGCUUCCGUGCCUGCCUGCUACCUAGUCAAGGCGCGCUUCCGCGAGGACCUAGCGUUCCAUGUGAACGAAGUCGGCCACUUGAUUUCGAUUGAGUUCCGAACGCCCUUCGUUGACAGCAAGACGUGCAGUGAUGUCGCUAAGCGCGUUCUCAAGGAGGCCACCUUUUACAGCACUGGCGCCAUCUUUGGCGCAACGGAUGGCCCUGAAGUCCCGCGCAUCGUCAUCACCGCCACAAAGGUGGCUGCGCCUCCUGGAGUUGCCCCUGUGCGUUCCGAGAACGAGCCCGAGCCCGAGGAGCAGCAGAGCUUUUUCCGCAAAUACUGGUACAUCAUUGUGCCGCUCUUGAUCGUGCUCUUGCAAGGCGGUGAUGCGCCGGCAGCCCAAGGUCAAGGAGGCAACGCAGCUCCAGCCCGCCGAUAA